CUUGCAAUAUUAUCUUGUUUUCAAGGGUUUUAGAUAAGAUUUGUAGCAGUCUCAUGACCCCUGUUGCUAACCAUUAGUUAGAUUUUUGGCUUCUGUAAAGUUUCCGAACAGGGAUUGCUGAAUUGAGUUUUGUGGAUUUGUUGUCAUGUUAUAUAAAUUUCCCAGUUGGUGGCAGAUUGAAUGUUUAAGUGGUUACUGCUAUCUUUCCUUCUUUGUUAAUUGCUGAAUUGCAGCUUGCAUUGUAUUUCUGCUACUAUAAAUCUAUGACAAAUCGAGUAUUUAUGAGCCUAAUUAUUUAAUUGGGUAUUUAGUUCUCUUUUCAACUAGAGAAUUUUGAACCCACACAAUUCUGAUAAAACUUUACUAGUUGGCCUGUUCGACAUUUGUUUAAAUUACAGGAAGUGGAAUGUGGACACUUCUAGAUUGUUGAAUUCAUAAGACUAAUUUCCCCAAUACCUUCAUGUUGCAACAAAAGUUGGUGUGUGAAAACUCAUAAGCUUUCCUGCAAAAUGUCCAUAUUUAGGAACAAAGUGGUGUGUUACCAUUUUAUUCCUCUCCUUGAAAUCAUGACAUGAUAAUUGAAGGAAAAUUAUUGGUUAUAAAGUAUGUCCUCGUUGAGGCAAUCUCCUAGUAAAAACCUAAGGUCUAAAGGGUUCAAGGUGAAGAAUGUUCUUCAUAUAUGUUUGUUGCUUGCCAUUUGCAUAUGGUUGCUUUACCAAGUCAAGCACUUCUACAAUGAAAAGAAAGGAUAUAUGGACACUGCAACAGUAUCAGAAGUGCAGAGUGCGAAUGGAAGCUUAAAAUUGGGCCGAAAGGAUGUCCGCUCGCAAACACUGCAAACAGCUUUGGAGGCAGACAGGCAAGAAGAUCAGGAAGGCCUGCUUAAUAUGGAGUUCGAAGAGGUAGUGGAGAAUAAAAUGGAAAAAAGUGAGGAAGAAGGAAGAGGAGGUGGAGACGAUGAGAUAGAUGGACGUGAUCAAGAGAAGUUGGAAGAAGAAGAAUCUGAAGAUGCUGAGGAUCUCAUUGAUGAAGCAGAUACAGUGGAAGACGAAAGCGAAGAGCAAGAGAAUUAAGGAGCAGGGAGUCACUUUGAGGAUGGAAGUUUAUUGGAAAACAAGGCCAACAUGGAGGUGAAAGAAAUGCCAAAACUAAAGAGAAGCAACUAGAAGUAGAGAAGAAGAUCAAGCUGGGUUGAAGACUCUGCUUGGAGAACCAAAACUGAAGCAAAUAAAUGUGAAGAUGCAGCUAGUUUCUAAUGAACUUGUUGGAGGAUUUAUUGGAGAGAUCUUUCAGAAGAUUCAUAAUUUCAUUGGCAAUUGUACAAAUGUUUUUGCUCAACGUCCAGAAGAAAUAAUCAAAACUGGCAAGUAAUUACUCCCAUGAAAUGUGUAUAACUUUUGCCAGGCAUGCAGAUGAAACUAGAAAUAAAGAAAAAAUUUGUAAAUUA